AUGCCCCUCAAACCGUUCGCGAUGGGUGAGCUCGAGGCGGCACUUCGCCAAGUUCCCUGUGAGAGUGUCAAGGCCCUCCCGAUGCACGGCAGGAGAACACUGCUGAACAUCUGCAGCCGCAGCGUCGCCACACUGGCCCUGUCCCUGCUACAUGGAAAAGAGGGGGUCGCUGUGCCCCUCCUGAAGCCGCACAAGCCCGGUGAUGAUCCCGCGCCUUACCACCCUGUAACGCCGGCCAGCAAUCUGUGCAACUUACCCGAGCAAAUCGUCUCGCGACCAGUGCGCGGCCAUCUGGAAGACAAGCUCCAGCCACAGCAGCCUGGCCUCCGUCCUCACCGCUCCACCGCAGACCCCCUGGACUUGCUCCUCCGCAAAGUAGUGCAGCCCCAGCCAGCUACGAUGGCCGGGGCGGCGUUUGUGGACUGCGCUCGCGCGUUCGACUGGGUCGAUAACGACGCUGUCAUCACGGCGCUGAGGAAGUUCAGCGUAGCGCCGUAA